AAUCACCUCUUCCGAAGGACAAAAUUUAUUUUAUUUUUGCCCUUAAGCAUACUCUUUUCGUUUGAUGAUUUGGGUCCUCAUUGUUACAGUUUUUUUUAUUGAUUCUUAGAGUAUUAAAAAGCAAAAAAAAUAUACAAUCUCUAGAUAGCUGUUGUCAAUUCUUAAGGGCUGUUCCUGUUUUGUUUUUUAUGGUUUUCGUUUCAAAUUGUUCUUUGACUUUUUCUUGAAGUUGGGUUUCCUUAUUUCUUGAAUUUUUAUCCAUUUGAAGCAUUUCUUGUUUCUGGAAUGGUGAUGAUCAGAAUUAGCUUUGGAUAUUGAGAUUUUCUCUUUCAUAGCACUGUUUAUUGUUUGUUGCCUUCCUGUAUUUGCUCCAUGAGAAAGGCCUUGCUCUCUUGAAUUUGUGAAAGAGUAUGGGCAGUAUGCUCCUCUUUGUUUUCUUCAAGGACAUAAGAAAUGUUUUCAAAGCAGAUGAGCUAGGCCUGGAAAUAGUGCAUAUUUCCCUUCCCACACUGUUGGCGUUAUUGGCAGACCCUGUUGCUUCUCUAGUUGACACAGCAUUCGUUGGCCAUAUAGGUCCAGUGGAGCUAGCGGCUGUUGGAAUUUCUAUUGCUGUUUUCAAUCAAGUAUCAAAGAUAGCAAUUUUUCCGCUUGUCAGCAUUACAACCUCUUUUGUUGCUGAAGAAGAUACUACUGAAGAAUUGAGGGCAAAUGUACAAGUUCAUGAAAACGUUGAAAAUGGUACUCCCAUUAGCAAGGAAAUGGAGAUGGAAGAACUCGUACCACUAGUUGGCAAGUCAUCAUCUACGGAAAUGGUCAAACUUGAGCGUGUCCGAAGGCAUAUCCCAUCUGCGUCAUCAGCAUUGGUGGUUGGCAGCAUACUUGGGGUUAUUCAAGCUGUAUUCCUAAUUUUUGCUGCAAACCCUGUCCUGAAUUACAUGGGUGUUGAUUCUAAUUCUCCUAUGCUAAAACCAGCAAGACAAUACUUGACAUUGAGGUCACUUGGUGCUCCGGCUGUUCUUCUCUCUUUGGCUGUGCAAGGGGUUUUUCGUGGUUUUAAAGAUACAAAAACUCCUUUAUAUGCUACAAUUGUGGGAGAUGUAGCAAACAUCAUUUUGGACCCAAUAUUAAUGUUCGUAUUCCAUAUGGGUGUUAGAGGUGCGGCCAUUGCCCAUGUUAUUUCUCAGUACUUAAUAUCCCUGAUAUUGUUGUGGAAAUUAAACAAGCAAGUUGAUCUCCUAACUUCAGGUGUCAAAGAUCUACGAUUUGGCCAGUUUCUGAAAAAUGGGUUUUUGUUAUUGGUGAGGGUGAUAGCUGCAACAUUCUGUGUUACUCUGGCAGCAGCAUUAGCUGCAAGGCAGGGACCAACGACAAUGGCUGCAUUCCAAGUUUGCUUGCAGAUCUGGUUGGCAGCCUCUUUGCUUGCUGACGGGUUGGCUGUGGCUGGACAAGCAAUCCUUGCAAGUGCCUUUGCAAGGAAAGAUCACAGCAAGGCCGUCGCCACAGCUUCACGUGUAUUGCAGUUGGCUUUGGUUCUAGGGCUAAUGCUCUCGAUCAUCCUCACAGUUGUAUUACAGUUUGGAUCCAGAAUAUUUACAAAAGACGUCAACGUUUUGCAGCUUAUAAGUUUAGGCAUCCCGUUUGUUGCAGUGACUCAACCUAUUAACGCUUUAGCAUUUGUUUUUGAUGGAGUCAAUUACGGAGCAUCAGAUUUUGCAUAUUCUGCAUACUCAAUGGUUUUGGUGGCUUUAGUGAGCAUAUUGUGCCUAUUUCUAUUAUCAAGCCAUGGCUUUGUUGGAAUCUGGGUUGCUUUAUCUGUCUUUAUGAGUUUGCGCGCACUGGUUGGAUUUUGGAGGAUAGGAACAGGGACAGGACCGUGGAGCUUUCUUAGGGAGUAAAUUCUGAACAAUAUGUUUCUGCAUAUAUUCCUUCUCUUCCAAACAUUAUUGUCGCGCAUAUCUUACAAGCUCAACAGAAGGGCAAAGAGGAAACUCUUACGAGGGGAUGAUAUUACUGAUCUGCCAUCACCAUUUCUUGUUUGGGGAUGAUUGAGAUAACCACACAUAUGUAACGAAAAACAAGAGAGCACCAUUCUUUUACUGCUGUCUCAAGUUAGGUUGAAUGAAUCGUAAUUGGUGAUCUAUACUGUUGUUUAUGUUCACGCGUGAAUUAUGAUAAGCAUUGGGUGACUGUCAACUGUUGAUGCAUGUAGACUAUUGUCAGCCGUAUUCACAUGCAUCAACAGUUAACAUUCAUCUACAAGUGCAUGGGUGAUUGUUCUUAGCACCCCACG